AUGAAUAGUUAAUAGAGUCGUAAUUUUGUUGGAAAAAAGAUUGAUGAUUUCAUCCUUGUAGAUGUAUUAGGCACAGGAGCAUUUGGAUAAGUAAAGAGAGAUAUAAUAUUAUAUUAAAGGUAUUCUCUGCAUAGAACAUAAUAACAAAAGAAUCUGUGGCUAUAAAAUCAGUGCCUAAAACUAAAUUGUAAUUUAUAUGAUUUAUAGUAAUUAGGAGAGAACAUAAUGGAUUGGUAGGAUAAUUAUUAAAGACAGAAGUUUAAGUACUAGCUUAAUGUAAUAAUAUAAAUGUUGUUAAAAUGAAUAAGUAUUUGGAGAGUGAAAAUAAUUGUUAUUUAGUGAUGGAAUAUUGCAAUUGUAAAGAAAAUAAUUUAAAAAAAUUUAGAAGGAGAUCUUGAAUAAUUAUGGAAGAAAAAAAAUAGAAUAAUAAGUGAAGAAGAUGCAAUUUAGUAUAUUAAAUAGAUAUUAAAUGGAAUGAGAGGGUAAAAGAAUAAAAAAUAAUAGUUUACAUGAAAUGAAUGUGAUUCAUAGAGAUUUAAAAUUGGCAAAUAUACUAAUUUCUAAUUCUGUUCUAAAAAUAGGAGAUUUAGGGUUUGCUAAAAGAUUAGAAAGUCUAGAUGGAGUAGUUAAAGAAGCAUUAGGUACAUUAGGAACGAUGGCUCCAGAAAUCAUUUAAUUUCAACCAUAUGGAAUUCUAGCAGAUAUGUUUUCAAUUGGUGCUAUAUAUUAUCAAUUACUUUUUGGAGUACUACCAUUCAGUAUUAAAAGUUAUAAUGAUUUUCUUAAUGAUGUUAGAACAAGUAUUCUCAAUUAUUAUAUUCUUAAAGAUAAACCAAACUUCACAAGAAAUAAUGUUAAAAUAUCAAAAGAAUCUGAAGAAUUAUUAAUUAGAAUGUUAAAUCCAGAUCCAAAUUAAAGAUUGUAAUGGAAAUAAUUGUAUGAAUCACCUUUGUUUUCUAAUUAAGUAAAUAAAUCUGGUAUGAAUUUCUCAUUUAUUUUCUUAGCCUUAUCUAAAUUAACAGUUGACAAAGUAGUAGCUACAUAAGUAGAUUUGAAAAUGAUUAAGUAAGUCUAUGAAAAAAAUUAAUAAAAAUUUGACAACAUUAAUAAUUAGAAUAUGAUAAAGAAAUUAUAAUCUGAUGUUCCUAAGUUAGAACAUAAAUAAGUUAUGGAUAAUUCUAACGAUGAAUAAUUAUUAUAAGAAGCUCUAAAAUAAAAACAAUUAUAGUAAUAAAAAACAAAUGAUUUGAACAAUGUAUUUGAAAAAUAUUUAAAUGAAAGAAAUACUCUUGUUUUCUUAGGUACUGUUUUACAUGAAAUUCAUUAAAGAAAACAUACUCAAAACACUAAUGUAAUAAAUUUAAUUAUCUUAGGUGUUUUUACCUGCUUUUAUUAUUUCAAAGAAAUUAAUUAUUGAAAUGAAUCGUUUCCUUGAUGUUUUAAAAAAAUAGAUUAAUAUUUAUCAGUGUGCAUAUUUCUUUGAACUUUAUACCUUCCCAUAAUUUAUUGCUUUCAUUAAAUUAUGUGAAGAAGAUUAUCAGAAUUAGAUGGCCCAUUUUCAUGUUAUUCAAUUAUAAUUACAGUAUUUUCUAUUUAUAUUUUUAGAACUAUCUUAUUUUAAAUGUAAAAUUAAGCAAAUGAAAAAUAUAUUUCAGAAUUAUAACCAGCACCUACAUCCUAAUUUGAUGAAAAUUAUCGUGAUAUACUGAUUAAUUAUUACAUGCAAUUAUAGGAUGAAAAAGGAGAAAAUGAAAAUCAAGACAAUUCCAUAAAUAAUUUAUCCAUUUAUGUUUUGGAUACUAUUUUAUUUGAUAGAGAAAUUAAAAAAUAAGUAAGAUAUUUUUAUCAUAUUUUAGUUCUUAAACCAAAAAGUUGAUGACUAUUUUGAAAAAUUCAAUUUCUUGACCAACAAAGAAAAAGAAGAGAUUAUUGCAUUAAAAUUUUAGCAUAUAUAUUCAUUUUGA